ACUGGGUGGCCCCCUACACGAUGAUUGCAUAAUGCUCUUCAACAUCUGACUAAUAACUGUUGACACUUUCUGACCUUCUGUCGUCUAUCUGCUGUUCUGAAGUUCGUCCUCAGUGCAGGUCAACAGAGUAAGAACAGCUGCAGAACAAUGGCUGCCUUCCUUCAUCACUGUCCCUUCCUGAAGUCGGCGCCUAAGCCAGCUUUGAGGAGAACUGGAGCCGCCUUGCUGUCUAUGGCCCACCAGUGCCCCAUCAUCGCUCGCCAGAUCAGCGUGAGCGGCACGACCUCGCUGGAGUCCCAGCUGAACAUCUCACCCACCAAACCACAGAGUCACCGACUCCCCACGGUGGGCCAAAGGAGGCUGUUCGCUCAGACGGCGACUCAGGUGGCCGUGUCUGUGUCGAAGGAUUGCCCCUUCGUCAACUCUCAGAUCGGGGUGGUCCGAGCCAGCCCUGAAGUACAGGAGGACGUCCAGGAAGGUUUGAUGACCUCUCUGUUGAAGGGUUUAAAGGAUUCAAUCCUCCCAUCAUCAGCUCAAACCGACACUGUCACCCACCUCCUCAAAGACAACAUGGUCGGCCCCAGCUACGACUAUGACCGCUUCUUCAUUGAGAAGAUCUCUGAGAAAAAGAAGGACCACACAUACAGAGUCUUCAAGACGGUGAACAGGAGCGCCGAGGUCUUCCCCUUCGCUGAGGAUUACUCCGUCUCCGGGCGGGAGGGUUCCCAGGUGUCCGUCUGGUGCAGCAACGACUAUCUGGGAAUGAGUCGGCACCCACGGGUCCUCACUGCGAUCAGGGAUGCCGUGGACAGGCAUGGUGCCGGAGCAGGUGGGACCAGGAACAUCUCAGGAACCAGUAACUUCCAUGUGACCCUGGAGAAGGAGCUGGCCCAGUUACACCAGAAAGACGCCGCUCUCGUCUUCUCCUCCUGCUUCGUGGCGAACGACUCCACCCUCUUCACUUUGGCUAAGAUGCUGCCGGGGUGCGAGAUCUACUCAGAUGCGGGGAACCACGCGUCGAUGAUUAUGGGCAUCAGGAACAGCAGAGCCAAGCGCUUCAUCUUCCGCCACAAUGACAGCCGACACCUGGAGGAGCUGCUACAGCGCUCCGACCCCAACACGCCCAAAAUAGUGGCGUUCGAGACGGUGCACUCGAUGGACGGUGCUAUAUGUCCUCUGGAGGAUCUGUGUGAUGUCGCUCAUCGUUAUGGAGCUCUGACGUUUGUGGAUGAAGUUCACGCUGUGGGCCUGUAUGGAGCCCACGGAGCUGGAGUGGGAGAGAGGGACAACAUCAUGCACAAGAUUGACAUUGUUUCUGGGACCUUAGGAAAAGCCUUCGGCUGUGUCGGAGGCUACAUCGCCAGCAGCGCCGCCCUGGUGGACACGGUGCGCUCCUUCGCAGCCGGCUUCAUCUUCACCACCGCCCUGCCUCCGAUGGCCCUGGCCGGAGCCCUGGAGUCGGUCCGGGUCCUGAGGAGCCCCGAGGGCCAGGUGCUCCGCAGAUCCCACCAGAGGAACGUCAAACACAUGAGGCAGCUGCUCAUGGACAAGGGCCUUCCUGUGGUCAACUGUCCCAGCCACAUCAUCCCCAUACGGGUGGGCAACGCUGAGCUGAACACCAAGGUGUGCGACACCCUGCUGGAGAGACACAACAUCUACGUCCAGGCCAUCAACUACCCCACAGUGCCUCGUGGUGAGGAGCUGCUGCGCCUGGCUCCGUCUCCUCAUCACAACCCCGCCAUGAUGGAGUACUUUGUGGAGAAACUGGUGGAGGUGUGGCAGGAGUCCGGACUCCUGCUCAGCAGCCCGGCCACGGCUUCCUGCACCUUCUGUGACCGCCCGCUGCAUUUCGACCUCAUGAGCGAGUGGGAGAAAUCCUACUUCGGCAACAUGGAACCACAAUACAUCACCGUGAUGGCAUAAUACCAAAGUACGUGUGGCGUCUCAAACACAAGUUGUACUUACAGUAUAUGUAUACAUUUGAUGCUAUAUUCAAUUAAAGUCCUUCUUCAGGUGCACUGAGAAGAUCACUAAAGUACUGAUUUUGUACUUAAACAUUCUUUAAUGUCAGUGGUAUAGAUUUCUGUUUUCCCGUAUUUAUGCUUAUAAAUUAUGUUUGCUGUCAUGGAUAUGAUGAAAGAAAAUUGUGCCUUUUCAAAAGCAUAAAACCUGCACAUUGGGCACUUUCUUAAAUGUCUUAUCUAGGUGUGAUAGUUUGAAUUUAACUAUAUUUAAUUUCGUGAUUUCCUUCAUACCAUAUAAUAAUCAUGACAAUCAUGUUUGUACACAAUAAUUAAGUUACUGAUGUAUAAGUCAUAAAAUGUGUGAGGUGCAAAAGUUAAAAUCUGUUAAAAAAAUACGUGAUAAUAAAACAUUAAAUGAAUUUGUGGUGUUGAAAACCUU